CUUCACAUUGUUAAAAAGUAAGGUUAGAAAGAUGCGAAAGUUUGUAGUUGUGAAUAUCUGUUUAUAUUUCGCAUUAUGAAUGAAUUUUGGUUUUUUCUUACCAUUAUGUGUAAUAGUUACCGUGGAUUUUGAACUCAAGACUAUUUGUGAGUGACUAAAAGCUUUUUCCUGUGAUGAAAAAUUUGUGACGAGUUGUUAUGGAGUCGUUUUCCUUUUGUGAGAAAAAGACUACCUUCAGGUUAAUUUCAAGAUACAAGACGCUUUGUUGUUUCGACGAAGCGUUUCCGAUAUUUUGCAACCCCAUCAUGACGAUCGAUUCCUUCUGCGAUGGCUUAGAGCCAGAAGUUGGGAUCCGGAAGCCGCAGAAAAAAUGUUGAGACAGUCCAUGAAAUGGAGGCAUCAGUGGGAGGUGGACACUGGACUGAAGGAAUGGACACCACCAGAAGUGCUGCUUUUAUAUCAUCCCAGUGGUACAUCUGGGCUCGACAGAGACGGCGCACCUGUAAUUGUAGUUCCAUUUUCUGGCUUCGACGUUGUCGGUCUCAUACAUUCUGCGACAAGACAGGACCUGAUCAGGAUGACCAUAAAGGUAUUAGAGGAAAAUAUGUCAUUGGCUGCCGAAAGUGGAGAAAACCAGGUUGUGGUUAUUUUCGACAUGGACGGAUUUAAUUUGCGUCAAUAUGCUUGGAGGCCAGCUGCGGAACUUGUGAUAUCCUUGAUACAGAUGUACGAAGCAAAUUACCCAGAGAUCCUAAAAGCUUGUUACAUCAUAAACGCCCCAAGAGUAUUCGCCAUAGCUUUCAACGUUGUCAAGAAAUUUCUGAACGAAUACACGUUGGGGAAGAUUCAAAUAUUCAAAAGCGACCCGAAAAAAUGGAAACCUGCGGUUUUAUCAAAUAUUACGCCGGAGAAUUUGCCGAAACACUACGGUGGGGCGCUGGUUGAUCCCGAUGGCAAUCCGAGAUAUUCUACAAAGGUUAAAUUGGGUGGAAAAGUGCCGAAAUCCUAUUACACGAAAAAGUUGGAAGUUCCCGAAAAUGGACCUAAGAAGGAAUACACUGUGGCUGUGAUAAAAAAAGGUCGAACAUUAACUUUGGAUUUUAUUGUUGCCGAAGAAGGAUGUUUUCUCAGAUGGGAUUUUCGUACAGAGGGUCACGACAUCCGCUUCGGCGUCACUCUGAAGGACGAACAAGGGGAGGAGAGCCCCGUGGUGCGCCAUAGGAGGGUGGCGGCGCACCAGAUCGACGAAAGCGGCGUCGUGGCGUGCCAGGCACCGGCCACGUAUACCGUAAUCUUCGACAACUCCUAUAGCUUGAUGAGGAGUAAAAAGGUUCACUACUGCGUUUACGUCACGCUGCCUUUGAAUAAGCUGAACAUAUUACCAACCGACGAGGACCUUCAGAAUUCUAAUCAAAUUAACGAAAAGAACGAAGCUGCUAGUCAAAAAAGCAGCGAUACCAGUUUGUAGCCCGGGGGUGGUUCACCCUAGCAGCUUUAGGAUAGUAAUUUGCUCGAGGAGUUCAUCGUAUAAGCUUCUAGUCUGUAAUUUUUUAUAUUUGUACAGAAAAAGUGUGGAUGUGAUUUUUAUAUCGUUGUGUUCAUAUCGCAUUGUUUAAAUUGGUGAUCAGAUUCAUUGUAUAUUUUAUUUCAUUUUUUUAAACUCAUUUCUCGGUGAUUUAAAUAUUUUUAGUUUUCUUGUUGUUUUUCUGGAUUUUAGAUCUACUUGCGGUGAAAAGAUCUACCUAUGUACGUAAUUCUUGACGUUUCGUCAAUUUUUUUUGAGAUCCCCAGGAACUUACAAGAAUAUUUUAUUAUAAAACAAUAUGUUGUUUAGUUAUCCCAGUACAAAUUCAUCAAAUUUAGUUAAAAAAAUUAGAAAUCAGAAUAUACUAUACCUAUUUUAUAAUAAAAUUUUAUCGUAGGGUCCUGGGGAUGAUGUCGAAAUAAAUGAAUAAAACGUCUGCGA